GAGGUUUUCUUGGCCAAUCACCUUCUCUGACGUUUAACGCUCAGCCAAUGAAAUGCGAGUUUACUCUGGAGCGGUUGUCAGGGAGGGAAAGUGGCGUUCGCGGGCUGACAGUGUGGACAUCAUGGAUGUGGAGAUGGAAGAGAAGGAAUGCGACCAGAAACACACAGAAAGCAGGGACAAAACGGGUCCAGACGAGUCAUCCUCUAAAAGCUCCGGGAGCUCAUAUGAGCUGCCCUGGGUCGAGAAAUACCGGCCGCUGAAGCUGAACGACAUCGUAGGAAACGAAGAGACGGUGAGCCGACUGGAGGUGUUCGCCAGGGAGGGAAACGUGCCCAACAUCAUCAUAGCAGGUCCUCCUGGGACAGGAAAGACUACCAGCAUCCUUUGUUUGGCCCGAGCUCUGUUGGGAUCUGCAAUGAAAGACGCUGUGCUGGAGCUCAAUGCCUCCAACGACAGGGGCAUCGAUGUGGUGAGGAACAAAAUCAAGAUGUUUGCACAGCAGAAAGUCACGCUGCCCAAAGGCCGACACAAGAUCAUCAUCCUGGAUGAAGCUGACAGCAUGACGGAUGGAGCUCAGCAGGCGUUAAGGAGGAUCAUGGAGAUCUAUUCCAAGACGACGCGCUUCGCUCUCGCCUGCAACGCCUCAGAUAAGAUCAUCGAGCCGAUCCAGUCCCGCUGCGCCGUGCUGCGUUACUCCAAACUGACCGACGGGCAGAUCCUCGCCCGGCUGCAGGAGGUGGUGGAGAAGGAACGCCUGUCUGUGUCUGAUGACGGGCUGGAGGCCGUCAUCUUCACCGCUCAGGGAGACAUGAGACAGGCGUUGAACAAUCUGCAGUCCACCAACUCCGGCUUCGGCUACAUCAACGGCGAGAACGUGUUUAAAGUGUGCGACGAGCCCCACCCCCUGCAGGUGAAAAAAAUGCUGGAACACUGUGUGGAGGGAAACAUCGACGAGGCCUACGAGGUGAUGGCGCGGCUGUGGGCACUGGGCUACUCCCCGGAGGACAUCAUCGGAAACAUCUUCAGGGUGUGCAAGACCUACCAGAUGGCCGAGUACCUGAAACUGGAGUUCAUCAAGGAAAUUGGGUACACUCACAUGCGGGUGGCUGAAGGCGUCAACUCCCUGCUGCAGAUGGCCGGUUUGCUGGGGCGCCUCUGCAGCAAGACGGCGCCCCCUGCUGCAAGCUGAAGCCCACACCCUCCCAACAGCAGCAGACUGUCAGUGUUUACCCCCUCAUCCUUGGUCCUGGGCACGGUUCUGAUCCAGAUGUGGUCGGACCAGAUGUUACACCUGCCUCAGUUUCGAAGCAUCAGCAAAGUAGAUCUUCCGGAAUAAACAUUCACCGAUCAGAGCCGCCAUGUUUUGUUGUUUGUUUGUUUUUUUUUACUUUGAAUAUUAUUUAAAUUCAUCUGCAGGGUUGGAGGGAAAUUCUCUUUGGAUAUUUCUCUCCUUUGUUUAUUGGGGUUUGUUUUACAACAGCAUUUGUUUUAAUUCUGAUCUUAGAUUAUUUUCUGAUGACCCAACUAUGUGACGGUAAAUGUCUUAAUUUCAGUAGGUGACUUCAUUUGAGUUGGAUAAGCUUUAAUCUGUCUUUGGUGUCAUCUGGACCACAACAGUUUUUGCCUCAAAAACAAACAAAUCACAUCAAAUGUAAAAACAGGGCGUAGCAGAAAGAUUCCUGUUUGAUUCAGAAUUAAAUUAAACUUGUGAUCAAAGUUAGGUUGAUCCUGCAGCUUCUCUUUGUUUCCUGAAAUAGUUUGUUUUCACUGAUAAUCCAAAGCUUAAAAAACAAGAAUUUAUU